CCAAUCGGAGUUCCCAGAUAUCUUCUUCAGGACAGUUUGGUCUGCUCCUUUCCUAAUGUGCCUGCAAACUGGACCGAGGACGAAACAAAUGACCGCAGACAAGCAUCAUUUGAAGGAAUGCGUUCAAGUGUCAAGAGUGCUUACCUAUCAUCUCAACGUCAUCAUCCUCUCUGGAGCCUCUGUCCUUAGCCCUUUUCUUGCCCAUGCUCGCCUAUGCGCCGCUGCGAGGAGACACAAAAGCAAAACACAUAACACGUUGUUUGUAAUAUUGCUUAAAAUCCACCACGUAUGCGAAUUAGUUCAAAGCCGGAUUCGUCAACGUAACGACCCAACGUGAAUCGCCUCCCCGGUAGGUACACUUACUGGGCACAAACAGAGGCGGAACACGUCACACUUUCACUUUCGCGUACUUUUAGCAGACGCCAUCUUUAAUCCACACGUGGUUAUCUUUGCAAAUUAUCCAUGAAAGUGUGGGAAUUUGGACAAAUACCGCGAAAAAAUGAUUUGGCAGCAUGCGGAUGAGAAGGGGGAACAAAAACCAAAGUGACAGUUUUCUAUUGUCCGGUACGAGCACUUCCUGUGCGUCGCUUAAAAUGUUCCGGUUGGCAACAAGCCUCAGUCGCUAGCAUGCUAAGCUGAGUUUUGAGCGUAUGCGGCUUCCGUGGGCGUAUUCAACGUGUACGUGUUGUUGAUAUUGGCUGAAAAACAGUCAUUUAAACAUGAAAAACAACACGUAGACGCUGCAAUUGUCUAAUAACUAACCAUUCGGUAGCUAUAGUUAGCAUGUCGUUCCAAGAGUGGGCUGCAUCUCAGCUUGCAGAGAUAGAACUUCUCAGCAGCAUGUUCCCCACGCAUGAAGAGUUGGAGAUUGUGGACCACCUGGCCAUGGCCGAGCUCCGCGACUACGUGGACGGGUCAUCAUCAUCACCACCUCCGUCCUCCAGACCCCAGUUCGUCAUCAAGCAGAAGCUACAGGAUGACAGCACCGAGGGAGUGGAUUUUCUACUGUCCUGUACCUUUCCAUCAGAAUAUCCCAGUAUCAUCCCAGAGUUAACAGUCAGGUCUUCUGGACUGAGCCGAGCCCAGCGGACGCAGCUGCACGCCGGUCUCAACGCGUACCUCACGGAAGCCUGCCUGGGGGAAGUGUGCGUGCUGUCAGCGGUGGACUGGCUGAGAGACAACCUGCAGGGCUUCGGUAACAAGAGGGGCUCAUCGGUGCCCCCCGAGAGGGACGCGGCCUCGCCGCAGCGGCAGGAAGCCUUCAGUCGACUGUGGAUCUACAGCCAUCACAUCUACAACAGCACCAAGAGGAAGAACAUCUUGGAGUGGGCCAAAGAGCUCGGCUUGACUGGGUUCAGCAUGCCUGGGAAGCCUGGGAUUGUUUGUGUGGAGGGUCCACAGCCGGCCUGCGAGGAGUUCUGGUCCAGAGUGAAGCUUCUGACAUGGAAGCGGAUCAUGAUUCGACACAGAGAAGACAUUUCCCUGCUGGGCAGAAGUGUGGACUCCCUGCGCAAGUUCUCAGGCUUUGAGGAGGCCGUGUUUGACCCUCACGGGACCAGAGGCAACCACAUGGACCUGGGCCUACUCUACCGGUUUUUGCAGGAGAAAGGCUGCUGCGAUGUCUUCCAAAUGUAUUUCGGUAUCGAAGGCAGGUAGAGGGAAUGUAGUUCAUUUGCAAACUAGCGAUGAAGCGAUAGAGCCAACUACUCUGGGAUGUAAAGCCAAAAGAACAUGUUUGUAAUUAUGCUUCCACACUUACGGUCAUGGCUCAAAGCAAUAUUUCUCCAGAGGACCAUGAAGAUGUUGUCAUGGAUAAUUCCUAUUUGCAAUUUUAAUAGCGCUGCAUGCCCCGCGGAGCCCGUUUGCUUCACUAAUGAUACCUCUGUCCGGUUCUAUUUGGGCUAUCUGGACAUCUUCUUUUAUUAAGUCUAUUGAUUUAAUCCCAAGAAUUAUAGCGAUAACAUCACUGUCUAAUUUACUUUUAACGAUAAGGCAGAUCAAUGCUCUGUGUCCUCACACUCCAAUUAAAACUAGGGAAUACGCA